AGUGACCACAUUUGCUGUUUUGCAGAGCUGCACAAGUGGGAGUUGGACAGCCUCUCUGUGUCCUGCCCGUACAGAAACCUGGAUUUACGCUCAGACACAAAAGUCUGGUGUCGAAGAGGAAAUCAGAGUGGGUGUAACAUCGUGGCGAGAACAGAUUUCUAUUCAACACCAAGUAACAGCAAAGCCCUGGCAGACAGAACCUCGAUCCAGGAUGACACCCAGGAAAAGACUGUCACCAUCACCAUUCAGAAGCUGCAGGCCCAGGACACUGGUGUGUACUGGUGUGCGCUCUACAGAAGUUAUCGUCCCACCCGGCUCAUGGAGGUCAGGCUCUCUGUGUCCAAGA